CAUUCGACUUGGCAACCAGACCUCAUCCGCGCAGUACAAUCUGGCAACCCAACACGGGUGUGGAAAGCAGCUGUCGAUGGAGCUUCACUUCGCCUGGUUCUGGAGCGAGGAUUUCUGGCUUCCUCACAACGUGAGCUGGGCGGACCUGGCGAAUCCCUCACCCGGGGUGGAGUACCCAAGAGCCGUACACCUUCUCAACGCGUUCCCGCUGGCCCUGGGAAUAUUCGUUUUUAGGAUAUUUUUCGAAAGGUUCAUCGCAGGUCAUUGCGCGCACCUCCUCCACAUCCAGACCGAGGUGAGCCGGAGAGCCCAGCCAAAUGCUGUCCUAGAGAAAGUGUUUACAUCUAUCUCAAAGUGUCCAGAUGCACGCCAGUUGGACGGUUUGUCUAAGCAGCUAGACUGGGAAGUGAGGAAGAUCCAGCGAUGGUUUCGUCAUCGGAGGAAUCAGGACAAACCCAGCACGAGGACCAAGUUUUGUGAGAGCAUGUGGAGGUUUACAUUUUAUCUGGGUAUAUUUACCUAUGGGUUCUGCUUUCUAUGGCAGUCUCUCUGGAUGUGGGACACCCGACAGUGCUGGUAUAAUUACCCCUAUCAGGCACUUAGUCCUGGCCUGUAUCACUACUAUGUGACAGAACUGGCCUUCUACUGGUCUCUCAUGUUCUCCCAGUUUACAGACAUUAAAAGAAAGGACUUCCUGAUUAUGUUUGUGCAUCACCUGGCCACUGUGAGUCUGAUCAGCUUCUCGUAUGUGAACAACAUGGCUCGCGUGGGCAGCCUGGUCAUGUGUGUGCACGACGCCUCGGACUUCCUCUUGGAGGCUGCUAAGUUAGCCAAUUAUGCCAAAUACCAGCGUCUGUGCGACUUCCUGUUUGUGGUAUUUGGUGCAGCCUUUAUUGGGACAAGGCUCAUCAUUUACCCCUUUUGGAUCCUGAACAGCACAAUGUUUGAGAGCUGGGACAUCAUCGGGCCGUUCCCCUCAUGGUGGAUCUUUAACGUUCUGCUGCUGGUGCUGCAGGUGCUGCACAUCAUCUGGUCCUACCUCAUAGCACGCAUCGCCUUCAAUGCCCUCAUGAGAGGAAAGGUAUCCAAAGACGUGCGUAGCGAUGUCGAAAGCAGCUCAGAGGAAGAGCCCGAAUCCACUCCCUCCCGCACAGUUUCAGCCAAACAAGAAAACGGCACCAACGGCCAUUUUGGAUCCCAGCGCUGGACCAAGAAAGACGAGAGCUGGUGACAAGGAGACACUCCAUUCAGAAGAACUGAUAAUCCUGCAGAAUCUUAGUUCCACUCCUCCAUUCAGUUCCUGACCAAACUGUAAAAUCCAAUGGAGCCUCAUAUACACAUUCCCUAGUUUUUACACACAUUGAGUUGACAUGGUGUGAAAUGUUGACGAUAAUGAUGACGACGAUGAUGUUGAUAGCUGUUUGGACAAUGAUGCUUCAUGUGUGAAAAAAGAGACAGUCAAUAGUGAGAUUAAACGAUCGAUUAUUUUUUUUUUCAUUAUCUUUUUUUCAGAAGCAGAAGUGUGCUCAUGUUCUUCCUUAAUCUUCAUGUUUUACUGAAGUCAGGGAGGAAGUCCUUUACCUUUUCACUUAUUCUUUCUGUCUCAUGUACUGUUUUUUUUUUUGUUUUGUUUUGUUGUUUUUUUAUGCAGUUCAUCAUUCGGUUACUCCUGCUGUGUCUUUGCCUGUCCUGUUGUUCAUUAUGCUCGAUUUUUUUAUUUAGAGAUGUAAUAAGUUUAUUAAAAUAUGACUUGAUCGCUUCACACUGAGAGAUGAUUUGGUACUCCAUUAUGUCAUGAGAAAAUAUAGUCAGCUGCCAGCAUAAGUAGUCCUAGAUAGUUAUACCUCAUGAAUCAUCAUCUCAGUGCAAAAAGAUUUGGGACUUCACAAAGUUGUCCCCUCAUGACAAAUGCAAUUAGUCAGUCAGCUAUUAUGUUUGAUGUCCAUUUGUUUUAGUGGCUUUCUGCUUCCACUCGGACUGAUGUUCGUAUUCUCUGAGAUAAUCAUCACUGCUGAACCAAAGGUUCAGGGGGUGGAGCUUAACUAGAUCAUAUGGCCUAAACCUAACCCUCAUGAGAUGCUGUACAACACAGAACAACACACACGUUCAGCUUAAAACACACCGAUUUGUCUCCACCCAGGUGAAUCUGAACUCUGCCCCCUGGACAUUUCGUUCUGCUGUCAAGGGAACUUUAGAAUGUACAGAAAUAUUGAAUACAGAAAUUUUAGUAUCAUUUCACUCCAUAGCCAAUCAGCCAUUGGGUGUGUUUUGGAUGAGUCUUUUAUUGUGGGGCAUAUAGUGGCUUUGUGGUUUGUACGUUUGCCUCACACCUCCAGCUUUAGGGGUUUGAUUCUCCGACCUGUGUGUGGAGUGUGCAUGUUUUCACUGUGCAUCAUGGGUUUCUUCCCCCAGUCCAAAAACAUGCUUUGUAAUCUGAGUGGCAUUUAUAUUGACCCCAUAGUGUGUGUGUGGGUGUGUGUAUCAUUGUACUCUGUGAUGAGUUGGCACCCCAUACAGUGUGUCCUCUGUUUCGUGCCCCGAUUCCCUGGGGAUAGACUCCAGACUUCCCCUGACCUUGUGUAGGAUAAUCACUACUGGAAAUAGCUGGAAUACGAUCGCUUGUUUGCAUCGUUUCUGAGGUAAAGAAGCAGAUCUUGGACAUCAAACUUGUCUUUGCUGAUCAACUACAUUGGCCAUUUAGCUAGAAAACUCUUUAGAUUUAAUUUAUGCUGACAUUUUAAAUCAUGCUUUUUCUAGUUCACAAUUUUUCAGAAUUUUGUAUUGUACAAAGCUGUGCAUCUGAGGUCAAUUAAAAAAAACAUGUAAGAGUAAAAAAAAAGUUUCAGGUUGACGAAGUGCACUAUCGAUACUGUAUGUCUGAUAUUGUGACAGUGAUGUUAGAUAUGUUUAUUUCCUGUGAUGUGAUCAAUCUUGUGUGAAAGAUGCAACAAUUCAAUGUUAUUUAAAGCUGUCUAUGCAAUACACCUUGAACUUGCACAAAUGUACAAGGAUUAAAGCAGAUUAGUUGGAAUUUGUA